AUGUUUCCUCGUCUCGCUAUCCUCUCAGCGACGCUUGCGGCGUUCGCUGUCACCUUUGUAUCGGGGACGUCGUCGGCCGCACACAGUUCCUAUCAUCUCAAACCCUUCCAUAUCAAUCUCGGCCAAGGUGUGCCGCACCUCAAAGCGCUGCUGAAUGAAAUCCGGCUGCCAAACGCCCCGCUGUACCCCGGAUCCAGUCCGACCUACGGAGUCGAUCUCGCCGACCUCAAAAGCUGGAAGAAGACGUGGCUGGGGACGUACGAUUGGGACAAGGAGGAGGCUGCUAUGAACCGAUUCAAUCAUUUCACGGCUCAUAUCGAGGGACUUGAUAUUCACUUUGUCCAUCAGAAAUCGCAAGUCCCCGGCGCGAUCCCGGUUUUGCUCUUGCACGGAUGGCCUGGUUCCUUUUACGAAUUCGAGCCUGUCAUUUUGCCGCUGACACAACCCUUCACCAACGCGAAUGGGUCCACCAUCGCUUUCGAUGUGAUCGCCCCAUCACUGCCUGGUUUUGUCUUCUCCUCCGCGCCACCGUUCAACUGGACCGUCGACGACACCGGCCGUGUCUUCGAUACGCUGAUGACAAAGGUCCUCGGCUACGAGAACUAUACGGUACACGGUACCGAUUGGGGCAGCCCGGUGGCGUACUCCAUGUACAGCCACUUUAACGCAACCGUCAGCGCCGCCAAUUUUGUCUUUCUGCCGUUCUUCCCCCCGACGCCCGCGGAGGUGGCUGCGGCGAAUGUGACGCUCAGCCCCGUGGAGCAGGUGACCCAAGCCCGGGCUGCGGAGUGGUCGUCGACUGGGAACGGGUACUACCUCGAGCAGACGUUCAAGCCAAACGACAUCGGGCUGGCGCUGUAUGACAAUCCUCUCGGACAGCUCGCCUGGAUCGGGGGCAAGAUCAAACUCUGGUCGGAUCCGCGCGCGGGGCAGUCGCCGUCGGUGCUCAACGCCACCGCGAUCCUUAACCUCGUCUCGCUGUACUAUCUCACAGCGAGCAUCGAGUCGUCCGUGUGGCACUACGCGCUCAAUCUGCACGGGUUCUCCGGCGUGUACACGAAGGCGCCCACCAGCGCCCCGAUGUUUUUCACGCAGUAUCAGUACAACGUCGGGUUCUGGCCGAAGGAGUGGGCGGCCAAGGUGGGGAAUCUGGUCUCGUACAAAGGUAGAGAACAUUUCACCUUAGACAACCCGCCUCAGUUCAUUGCUGAUAUCCGAGAGAUGGGCUUCUUUCUCCAACAAUCCUAA